CUCCGCGCGCACGCCCCGGCCGCCUGAAACGCCCUCGCUGGGCCAGCGAAACAUCGGUGCCAUUCGACAGGCCCUGCCAGCGCUGCCAUUCACUCGCCGCCGCCGUGUGCGUGCGCCCAAUGCGAAACCUGCUCUGUAACCCGCCAUACAUCAUCAUCUACUCAUCACCUCUUCGUGCCCGCCAUCUUCAUGCUGCACCCGCCCAGUACGGUCACGUCUGUUAUGCGCCUGCAUGUCCCCUCCCCUUGCGGCCUCUCUCCCUGCUCCGAUCGGACAUUCGCCUGUCCCAAUGCGAACCUCAUGCCCGCCGAGAGAGGAGAAAAGGGGUGCUCGUUGUUUGAUAGUCGUGUAUGCAUGCGCCUGUGUGUCCACUCCUUCCCAUGUCCAUGUCCUUGCCCUCCUCCCUUGCCUGUCCACUCCGGCUUCCUUCGUCCCCUCUUCGGCUUUGUGCGGUCUGUCUUCUUUUUUUCCUUCUGGAAACUUACCGCUUCUUCUGCAUUGACCCGCCCAAAUCCUCCCUCUGUCCUCUUGGCUCUUUGCUUUGCGUGCGAAUCCAACACAAAUCCAACCCAGCCUUGUGCCUGUCUGUGACACCUGCCCGGUUGCAGUCAAGAUGAAUCGCCGGGCACGGACUGUUGCUGCUUGCCACGUGCAGCCUAUAAACGGCAAAGCGCCUCGUGUCCCCUAGUGCCCCAUCCCCGCUUACGCCCUGCACAUAAUAAUAACCUCCUCUGCUAUUAUUAUUAUUAUUAUUAUUAUCGUCACUCGAUAGCAUGGCAAUUGCCACAGCAUGUCAAUGUGGAUGAUUUGCUUUUAUCAAAUUGCCAAUCUUCCAAGCCGCCGAACCGCCACCAUGCUCGUAACAUGCACUCGUUCUCGCCUACCCCCACAAGCCUCAAGUCACCAUCGAGUCCCCAGACACGCGACCACGCAGUCCGUAAGGGCCGAGUGCCUCAAUUCGCCCAGCUAACCUGUGAAAAGCAAAUACAACAGAAGAUCCGCACACGGCCCUUCCUCGUCUUCUUGUCCUGGAUCGAGACUGCUCGCCCUACCGCGCUCUUUAGGGAAGGAGAACUCGCGCUACACCCGCACGCAAACGCCCACCACCGACCCUUCACAUGUUCGUUCCCUCGCUGGUGACACUCGGACCUGUGAAACCUUCGCACUGCACUGACGUCCGCUUGUACAUGAACUUUUCUGGCUGCCAAUCUCGACGCUCAUUUUCCUUUUCCAUCCCCCGCUCUCUUAUUCCUUCUCCGCUCGGACUACCCAUGUAUAAUUUCCAUUCCUGUUCUCUUGUUGUAGCAAAUUCGUUGCAGCGUAAUGCCGUUGAGUUGGUCACUCCGUACGUGCACCCACAAAACCAGCCCACACCCGCGAGGAAAUUACAUGUCCUCAUUUUUGCCACUCCGGUCCACAUCGUUUCUGCUCCACGCACAAGUGACCGCCUACAUGCGCUGGCAUGAACAAUCGUGGGAAUUACUUGUUCAUGAGACAGGCCUUUUGACAGUUCACACAGGGCAUAAAACGUGCGUUCCGUCUCGUGCGAGCCAACAUACGCACACACCUAUGCCAUACUUAGUAUUACAUACGUACGUGUGGAUGGUAUAAGGAUGGCCAUCAUACCACCACUGCCUUGGCUCUCCGUGCAAAUCCCCUAAACACAUUCCAACACUCUUAUGCCGUUUGUUUCAUCUGGUUGCUACACCAACGUACAGUUCAACAACCAUUCAAUCAUCUUGUUUCGCUUCCUCUAAACUUUAACUCUUGCAAUCUUAUCUGCACUGGAUAGUUGUACACUUUUCCCCAAUCCUGUUCACCCGUACAAGCAGCCAAGUAUGCGUAUCCAUAUCCAUACAUAACCAUCAUGGCGCCCGUCCCUCAAGCCCCCACCCACACUCGAGAACCAUGAACUCUGCAUAUGGUAAUUCCUUUGCGCAAAAAGGUACCCUCCAUACCCUAAACAAUCAUUAAUUGGUCCCGUUGUUUCCCCAACAACCAACCAGCCAUGUACAACAAAUCCCCAGAUAAUCCAUAGCACACUGUCCUGUAUAAACAACACAAUCUAGAUCCGCUCCCCCCUUCUUCCCUCUUCAUGCAUAAGAGACCAGGGCUCGCAUGGAAACAUGUAGAGCUGCUAUACUCGCCCAACCA